ACAACCACUACCCCAACUACAACUACCACUACCCCAACUACAACUACCACUAACCCAACUACAACUACCACUACCCCAACAACAACCACCACUACCCCAACUACAACAACCACUACCCCAACUACAACUACCACGACACCAACAACCACUACCCCAACUACAACUACCACUGACCCAACUACAACUACCACUACCCCAACAACAACCACCACUACCCCAACUACAACAACCACUACGCCAACUACAACUACCACGACACCAACAACCACAACCCCAACGACAACAACCACUACCCCAACUACAACUACCACGACCCCAACAACCACUACCCCAACUACAACAACCACUACCCCAACGACAACAACCACUACCCCAACUACAACAACCACUACCCCAACUACAACUACCACUACCCCAACAACAACAACCACUACCCCAACUACAACAUCCUCUACCCCAACAACCACUACCCCAACUACAACAACCACUACCCCAACUACAACAACCACUACCCCAACUACAACAACCACUACCCCAACAACCACUACCCCAACAACAACAACCACUACCCCAACUACAACAACCACUAUCCCAACGACAACAACCAGACAACAAACCAGGACUAAAACUAAACCGCUGCAACAAAGGCAAACCAGAAAAAGACAACAAAUCAGGACUAAAACCAAACCCUGCAACAAAGUCAAACCAGAUCAAGACAACACACCAGGACUAAAACCAAACCGCUGCAACAAAGGCAAACCAGAAAAAGAAAACACACCAGGACUCAAACCAAACCGCUGCAACAAAGGCAAACCAGAUAAAGACAACAAAUCCGGACUAAAACCAAACCGCUGCAACAAAGGCAAACCAGAUAAAGACAACAAAUCAGGAAAAUAUCCAAGCCCUGGCAACAAGGACAACAGCAACAAAAGACAUGGAUGCAACCCAAAAGCCAAAAGAAGAGGAUGCAAACAUAGAGUCAAAAGACCAGGAUGUAAACAACAGCCUGAUCCUAUUAACACUUACUGCUGGACUGACUGGUUUGACAGAGAUGACCCCACUGCAACAGGAGACUGGGAGAUACUUUCCGAUCUGCACAGUGAAAACAUAGGAAAGAUCUGCAAGAAUCCACUGAAGAUCGAGGUCCAGACCACAUCUGGACUCAAUGUAUCUGAAACAGGGGAUGUGAUUGCUGUAGCUGACACAACCACGGGAUUCAUCUGUAAAAACUCUGACCAGAAACAACGGAAGUGUCAGGAUUACCGGGUCCGUUUCAUGUGUCCCAAUGCAUUCUGCAGUCAUAAAGUAUGCUGGACCAACUGGUUCAAUCGGGACAAGCCGAGUGGAAUUGGGGACUGGGAGCUCCUGGACAACCUCAGGAAAGAGAAUCCAGGAGAAAUCUGUGAGAACCCUCUCUACAUAGAUGCUGUUACCAGUGACGGAAAAGAUCCAGCCAGCUCCACUGGGCAGUCGAUCUUUAUCCUCAGUCCAACUAAAGGAUUUGUCUGUCGAAACCGGGACCAGACUGGAGGCAGGUGUCGUGACUAUCAAGUGCGCUUUGGAUGCCCAUGUCGGUUCAAUGUUGUCUAGCCAACGAACUCCAUGACUAAACUGACUAUUAAUUUAUAAGUAUGUUUAAAGUAUCAGUUACUACUACUUUUACUACUUACUACUUUUUCUUUGUUAACGCUUUAAGAUUUAGAUAAUUAAUUUAAACUUUUUUUUAAAGAUUGUGGUGUGUGUAAAUUGUCACUGUAAUACAUUAAAAUAUUAAUUCUUG